AUGGAUGCAGAUGCUCAAUUUUUAAAUGAUUUUCAAACAGGCGUUUUACCGUUUGAACAAUGGACACACAUAGCUCAUAUUCGUAUGGCAUAUUUAGUUAGUAAAUCAUCUCGGAAUUUUGAAGAAGCCUUAUUAAAAAUUCGACAAGGGAUACAGAAUUUCAAUGGACUUCAUGCAUCAAAAUUAACUGUUGGCUUUCAUGAAACAAUGACCCAAUUAUGGGCAACAUUGGUUUGGAAUGCAGCACAAAAAUGUGAUUCAACAAUUUCUGAUUCUAAUACAUUUAUUGAUCAGAAUCGUUAUUUAACAGAUUCUUCAUUAUGGAAACAAUAUUAUUCGCCAACGCUUAUGUUUUCACCAGAAGCAAAACAUACUUUUAUUCCUGCUGAUUUAAAAUCAAUUACAAUUGAUAAUUUAGAAUCUACUACAAUCGUAUGA